UUGUGCUUAGCUGCUUAGCCAGAAGACAGACCCACAAUGAACUCCAAACACUCCUAUGUGACACUAAGUGAUGGUCACUUGAUCCCUGUUCUGGGCUUUGGCACCUACACACCUGAAGAGCUCCCGAAGAGUCAGACGUUGGAGGGUGUCAAGUUAGCCAUAGAUGCCGGCUUCCGCCAUAUUGACACUGCUUAUUCUUACCAAGUAGAAGAGGAGGUAGGGCAGGCCAUUCGAGGCAAGAUCCAAGAGGGCAUUGUGAAGAGGGAAGACAUAUUCCUCACCUCAAAGCUUUGGUGCACUUUCCAUCGUCCAGAAAUGGUUCGAUCUAACCUGGAAAAGUCCCUAGAAAAACUACAAUUGGACUAUGUUGAUCUCUAUCUCAUUCAUUAUCCAGUACCAAUGAAGCCAGGGAAGGAAGAUUUUCCAACAGAUGAACAUGGAAAGUCAAUGUUGGACACAGUGGACCUUUUGGCCACAUGGGAAGCCAUGGAGAAAUGUAAGGAUGCAGGACUGGCCAAGUCCAUCGGGGUGUCUAACUUCAACCGCAGGCAGCUGGAGAUGAUUUUGAACAAGCCAGGGCUCAAGUACAAGCCUGUCUGCAACCAGGUAGAGUGUCAUCCCUACCUCAACCAGAGCAAGCUUCUGGAUUUCUGCAAAUCCAAGGACAUUGUUCUGGUUGCCUAUUGUGCCCUGGGAUCUCAACGACCUAAACGAUGGGUGGACGCAAGUGCUCCAGUGCUCUUGAAUGAUCCAGUGCUUGUUGCCUUGGCAAAAAAGCACAAUCAAAGUCCAGCUCAGAUUGCUCUUCGCUAUCAACUGGAACGCGGGGUUGUGACCUUGGUUCAGAGUGUCAAAGACAAGGAGAUAAAAGAGGACAUACAGAUUUUUGAAUUCCAGUUGCCUUUAGAGGAUGUGAAAGUCCUAGAUGGCCUGAACAGAAAUUUUAGAUAUGCUCCUGCUCCAUUCCUUCUUGGUCACCCUAAUUAUCCUUUUUCUGAUGAAUACUGAAAUGGAGGCCUGUGUGACGUCUUCUGCUUGAAGCUCCUGUGUGGAGAGGGUCCUGGGAGGCCUAGUGGCUUUGUCCUUUGGAUAUAUCUGUUCCACUCCAUUGGUGAUGCUCAGUGGUUUCACUCAGCUAAAGCUGAGUCCCCUAGGCUGGAAGAGAAGGCUGUACAUUGUCAUCACUUUCUGAAAUAAACCUAAAGAUUCUUCC